AUGCCGAUGGGAGUGUCUGAAACAAGCCCGUGGAUUAGAUCUUUUAUCACCAACACUUUGCUUGUCGCUUUGUUGGCAUUAGUGAUAAUCAAUCCCAAAUGGUUAACCAAUGAAGUAGCAAGGUUAUGUGCAACUUUUAUUGCUGGAACAGUAAUUUUUCCCGACGCGAAUGUGUAUAUUCUCACGAAUAGCUACAUAUUAUACUGUGGAGAUAUAUCCUACGUGUUAUAUCUUGUUCACUGGCCAGUCAUUGUGGCUGAGCGAUAUUGUUGGGAUUUAAAUACGCUGAAUCUUACUGGUAAAGAUUUUUUUACUGGAGAAUUUUAG